AUGUCGGGCGGCGUCAUGUCCAACAAGAAACUCCAAAAAAUUAUGACCCAGCCGAUUAACCUGAUUUUCAGGUUUUUCACGCAACGCAUGCGGGUCCAAAUUUGGCUGUACGAACAGCCGGACAUGAGAAUUGAAGGGCGCAUCAUGGGCUUCGACGAAUAUAUGAACAUGGUUCUGGACGACGCAGAGGAAGUUUACUUGAAGAAGAGAACUCGCAUUCCUGUCGGCCGCAUUCUGCUAAAGGGCGAGAACGUGACUCUGAUCAUGGCGACCUAA